AUGAUUGGGUCAAACGUUAAACCAGCCAAUUCAUAUGAACUUGGACAGCUCUAUGGCCAAUUCUAUACUCAAUUGACUUUAAAAGUAAAACCGUCAAUGGUUAUGGACAUUGUUGAAGAAAUUUCGAAGAAAGUAUGCGGAUGUCAUACUCUUUUUGACGGCAAAAACUACGUUUAUACUGAAGAAAAGUGCAAAACAUUUAGAAUUCCCGAUAAUUUCCCUAAUCUCGAAGAAACACAUUUAUUUGUUUCCAAAAACCAUACAUUACCAAUGAAUGAUAGAUUAGCAUGCAUAUGCUAUAACAAUGACACAGUUGUUUUGCAUGGAUCUCAUGCUUGCCACGACGGCGGAUAUCUAAAAUGGGUUUUAGAUUAUUUGACAGGAAAACCAACACCUAUUGAUCCUUGUUUCAAGAUACACGAGUCGCUUCCUGACUGUUUUGAGAAAUAUUUUGAUAAAGUCUCCGGAAAAAGUUUGUUUUAUUCAACACCAGUGAAAAGUUCCCCAAAACUGAAAGAAAACGUUAGUUCUAUUUACAGAUACAUCGAAUUCCCUCUUGAAAAGAAGAUUAAAGGAUUCACAGAACAUCUUAUGAUGUCAACUUUGUUGACAACAUCAAUUUUGAAUGAAAAAUUAUCGAGUUUUUCAAUUCAAUGCGCUUUUGAUUCGAGAAGAGCACUUCCUUGUGCUGAUUGGCGCCAUGUUAACAUGAAUACAUUAACUACUGUUGAUGCACACAUCGAAAAUCCUGAUAAGAACGUAACAAUCGGUGAUUUGAAGCGAAAUUUGAGAAAAGAUUUGGAAGAAAAGUUAACAAACGGAGAAAUGUUCCGAAUUGCUAGAGAUUAUAAGUAUGGAACAAUUGAUUUCCCAAGUUAUGCAACACAAAGUAUUUCAAAUAUCGGAAAUCUUCAAACAAAUAAUGAAAUUUCUGAUGCUUUGAUAUCAACAUCGCUUCAUGGACCAACAUUUUAUCCAGGUUGUGUUUCAUUAGGAGUUGUAACUGUUAACAAAUCAAUUUUUAAGGGAAGAUUCUUCACAUCUCCUUACAUAACAUCAUUUAGAGAAGCAGACAAACUUGCAAAAUCAUUAGAAUUCGCUAUCAAGAAUAUUGAAGAUGAAAUGUCUAUUCAAGAAGCUUUCAAAUUAACAAAGCAAAUCUAUUUAGAGUAA